UUUUUUUAAGGUUUAUUUUUUUUGGGAAGUGUAAAGAUACGCUGAUCUGACAUGAAUCCGCCGUGUGGGAGAUGUAAUAAACAGGUUUAUCCAACAGAAAAAAUAAACUGCCUGGAUAAGUAUUGGCACAAAGGUUGUUUCAGCUGCGAGGUAUGCAAGAUGGCUCUGAGUAUGAACAACUACAAAGGCUUUGAGAAGAAACCCUACUGCAGUAUGCAUUACCCCAAAACCUCCUUCACCAUUGUGACCGACACCCCUGAGAACCUACGUCUGAAACAGCAGACUCUGCUUAAUAGUCAGGCCCUUUACAAGGAGGAGUUUGAGAAGAACAAGGGGAAAGGCUUCAGCGUGGUGGUCGACACACCGGAGAUGCAGAGGCUGAAGAAGACGCAGGACCAGAUUAGUAAUAUAAAGUAUCAUGAAGAGUUUGAGAAAAGCAAGAUUCGAAGUGAUGCUCCUCCCCCUGAAAACAGACAAGAACAAGAACUGCAAGCACUAAACCCUGACAGUUUCUGCCAGCCUGCUGGACAGAUGCGCCCUGCUGCUGCAUCUCCCCCUAGUGGAGGGAAACGUUACCAGGCCUUGUACAGCUACAUGGCAGCAGAGGCAGACGAAGUUUCUCUGCAGGAGGGCGACCUAAUCUUAGACGUGGAGCCGAUAGACGAAGGCUGGAUGUUUGGAUGCAACCAGCGCACUGGGAAGAAGGGACUACUGCCAGCUAACUAUGUCCGACCUGUUUGAGAAAAUUCUUAUGUGUUUGUUUUUUUUCAGAUAAUG